AUAUAAUAUCCAUGUUCUACGUGACCUAUAGUCAUCCAUACUCAAACUAAUUCACUUCUUUCCUAGCUAAGGACCUAAACAUAUAUUGAAAUAAAAUAUAUCAAUGUAAUUAAUUUAAAAUUAUUUUAAAUUUUUGUUAUUUUAUAGCUUUUAGUUAGGUUUAAUCAUUCGAGAGUUCGUUGGGAAUCUCAAAUGUCAAAUUGACGACUCGUCCAAAGGCAUAUGGAGAUCGUGCUUGAAAGGAUGAAACAUGCAAGGAGCUAAACAACUUGGAGAAAUAGCGGAAGAAUGGGUGAAGCAGUGGCUAUAUGCGGUGUAGUGUUUGGGAAGCAGUGGAAGAUUGGGUGAAGCGGUGGUUGGAUGCGGUAUAGUGUUUUGGAAACACUGGAAGCUAUGCAUCUCAUGGAGGCAGUAGAAAUGAUGGCAGAAACAACGGAAGUAUGUGGAAGUUAAUGAAGGCAAUCGAUGAAGGAAUGAUGUGAAGUGCUUGAGGAGAUAUGGCUCUAGCUUAGGCGGUCAUCCAUCAAAGGAAGGAAGCUAGAGGGAGUUUGUGAUAAGCACAACAAGGUGACCUUUGAACAGAGAAGUCUGAACAUGAUUCAGCAACAAUUCUCUAUAUUCAUUUAAAAGUGUUUUACAAAUGAAGCAUAUACAACAGCAGCUGAUGAUCAACCGCAAACCAUGGAUCAAAGGCGAUGUAUUCAACACGUGGAGCAUGUUGUAGAUGAGUCUAGAAGGCCAGUUGGCGAGUUGGAGCGUGCUGCUUGCUAGAUGCUUCCCGCGGACGAAGAGUGGCAGGGGAUUAGGCUAAGCGUGGCCCAAUCCGGAAGUCAACAUCUUUAAGGCUCCAAUUGAGAUAUUUCUUCAAAGUGGGUGGCUUGGACAUUUCUUCUAGGUCCUCUUGAAUUAAGGGUCCGUGUUGAGUCACGAGGUAUCCAUCACGUAGUCAUUGAGUUGUGGGAACUUCUUUCGGUGGAAUCGUGAGUCGCGAGGUAUCCAUCACGUGGUCACUGGAGCUGAAUUGCAACGAAGACAACGUUUCAAAUUCCCGACAUGGUAGAAUCGGAGGAGAGAGCCACGCUGACGUGGCACAAAAUCCCGGACCUCAAAUCCUCCCGCAACGACAUCGUUACUCCGCUCCGAGAUGGCGUCGCCGUUCUCCGCCUCGCACCCGGCAGUGGCACACGCUGUAAUUUCGCGAGCGUGUCAGUGGCAGAAAGGAAAUUCGACAGGGAAUUCUCGCCGACUGUGGCUCAGCUGCUGCAGCACCCGCUCGCGGUGGGGGCAUUGGUGCCUAGAGACGCCGCUCUGUUCCUCGCUGGCGCUAUCGCCGGCGCCGCCGCGAAAUCGGUCACCGCCCCCCUCGACCGCAUCAAGCUUCUCAUGCAGACUCACGGCGUGCGAGUUGGACAAGAAAGUGUCAAGAGAGCGAUUGGUUUCAUUGAGGCUAUGACUGUAAUAGGGAAGGAAGAAGGCAUUAGAGGUUAUUGGAAGGGCAAUCUCCCCCAGGUGAUUCGAGUUAUACCUUACAGUGCUGUCCAGCUUUUUGCUUAUGAAAUUUACAAGAAAAUAUUCAAGGGAAAGGAUGGUGAGCUCUCUGUGGUGGGAAGACUUGCAGCAGGUGCUUUUGCUGGCAUGACAUCAACUUUUAUCACUUACCCGUUAGAUGUCCUAAGAUUACGAUUAGCUGUUGAACCUGGUUAUCGAACAAUGUCAGAGGUUGCCUUGAGCAUGCUAAGGGAGGAAGGAUUUGCAUCUUUUUACUAUGGUCUUGGGCCUUCUCUCAUUGGAAUUGCUCCAUAUAUUGCAGUGAAUUUCUGUGUUUUUGAUUUAUUAAAGAAGUCAUUGCCAGAGAAAUAUCAGAGGAGAACUGAAACUUCUUUACUCACUGCUGUUAUUUCAUCAUCUCUUGCCACACUCACAUGCUAUCCUUUGGACACAGUGCGAAGACAAAUGCAAUUGAAGGGUACUCCUUAUAAGACUGUAUUAGAUGCCAUUUCAGGUAUUGUGGAAAGGGAUGGAGUUAUUGGCUUGUAUCGGGGAUUUGUGCCAAAUGCUUUGAAAAACCUACCAAAUAGCAGCAUCAGGCUUACUACAUAUGACAUUGUCAAACGCCUAAUUGCAGCCAGUGAGAAAGAAUUUCAAACAAUUACCGAGGAAAACCGCAACAAAAAGAAACCUCAAUAGUCAAUGACAAUGAUUCAUAUUGUUGACCCAUUCUUUUCUCAGUUCACAUUCUCUGCUUGUUUUUUAGUGUUUUUCUGCUAGGUUUUAAAAGUACACUAUUGAUAUA